AUGGCUGACCCUGACGUCCUACGUCCAUUACCUGCCAUUGCGAAAUCAGGCACGGGUCUAUCGAAUAUCGACACAGCGCCCACCCGUUCCCAGACCAAUCCCCCCGAACAGAAACACAAACGUUCGCACUUGCACAGACGUCUACAUUCGAAUACCAUCACGGGCCGCGUCCCGCAUGUUCAUCGUCGGAAUAAGAGUUCGGGCAAAGAGAGUCUGUUGAGUGCGACGGAGUUACGGCCACCGAUUAGUUUUGACGGGUUGUUGGGGAGGGAGAAGGGGAGGAAGGGGAUUGGAGAGGGGUUGAGGGAGUCUGGGUUGGUGGGGAGGAGGGAGCAGGUGUUGAGUCUGCAGGAGCGUGGAGGGCGGAGGUCGAGGGAGUAUGAGCGCGAGGAGGAGGGGUUGAGGGAGCAGCGGCGCCGGAGGGAGGAGGCAAGGCGGGAGAAGGAGAAGGAGAAGGAGAUGGAGGUGCGGAUCACGGCUGCUGAUGUCGCGAGGGCUAAGGCUUUGAAUGUCACUCGUGAGGAGGAAUUGAGGAGGAAUCUGAAACAAGUCGAGGAACUGGGUAUGAGUUCCACGAGGCGGUUGGAUGAUACAUACUACUCCAUCCUGGAAAAAGCCUCUGUCCUACGCUCUACCGUUGCUGGCUUGAAACGGCUUGUGGAGGGAGCUAGGGCUAUGCAUAAACAAUUCGACGACGACACUGCGAAGCUGGAGGGGGAUACUAAAGAGACGUUGGAUGGGUUUGGCGAUUUCGAGCAGCAGGAGGAGAGGAUCCAUCAGCUGGUGGAAAGGUUGAGGAGGAGUAAGGAGCGGACGGAGGAAUUGGAUCGGCGGCUUGAGGGUGCGAGGGGGAGGGUGGAGGUGUUUGAGCGCCGGGAUCAGGAGGGGAGGGAGCAGAGGCGGCAGAGGUGGAGGGUGGGGUGGGGGUGUUUGGUUGGGUUCGUUGUGUUGGUUUUUACUGUUUUGAUCUUGAGAAAUCGGACAGUGUUGCUUGGGGGGUUUGAUGGGGUUGGGCUUACUGUAGGGGAGGUGAUGGGGAGGGUGGGGGAGGAGGUUGGGAGUUUGACGGCAAGCGCCAAGGCGAGUCCGAGUGAGGAUCCUUAUCUUAGGAAGCUGUUUGAUGAGCUGUAA